AUGAGUGCUCGUGGUUUCCGCGUGGGAACCAACCCUUGCCGCCUCAGGCUCGCCCUCCCCGGGCUGAGGUGGCUGCUGGGUCUGGGGUUGUUCCUGGGGCUUCACGCCACCCGCAGUGCGGCCUUCUACCUCCCCGGGUUGGCUCCAGUUAACUUCUGCGAGGCGGCCCGAGAGACUGCAACCUGCAAGUCAUCAAUAGCACUAUUUGUAAAUAGAUUGGACUCAGCAGAAUCUGUCCUACCUUAUGAAUAUAAUACCUUUGACUUCUGUCAAGAUUCUGGAAAGAAAAACCCUUCUGAAAAUCUCGGCCAAGUACUAUUUGGAGAACGAAUAACAUCAUCUCCCUAUAAGUUUUCUUUUAACAAGACAGAAACAUGUAAAAAAGUUUGUGUAAAAUCCUAUGAUAGAGAAAAUGAGGACCACAAGAAAAAGCUGGCUUUUUUGAAGAAAGGAAUACAACUAAAUUAUCAACAUCACUGGAUUAUUGAUAAUAUGCCAGUAAUAUGGUGUCACGUUAUUGAGGAUGGAAAGUACUGCACACCAGGAUUUCCGAUAGGAUGUUUUAUUACCAAAAGUGGCACAGUGAAAGAUGCUUGCGCUAUCCACCCUGAAUUCAACAAAAGUAAUACUUUCUACCUCUUCAACCACGUUGAUAUUAUUAUUAUGUAUCACAGGGAAAGUGAAAGAAAUUGGGCUAUUGCAAGAUUGGUUGCUGCCAAACUUGACCCCCAAAGCUAUAAGCAUUCGGAUGAAAACCACCUAACUUGUAAUGGACCCCCUAUGGAAAUUCCUGGAGAACAUACAGAUAAGUUGAGUGUCACCUACACUUACUCUGUGAGAUUUGAAGAAAACAAAAGCAUCAAGUGGGCAUCUAGAUGGGAUUAUAUUUUGGAGUCCAUGCCUCAUACCAACAUUCAGUGGUUUAGUAUUAUGAAUUCCUUUGUUAUCGUUCUCUUCUUGUCUGGGAUGGUGGCUAUGAUUCUAUUAAGAACUCUCCAUAGAGAUAUUAUCAGAUACAAUCAGACGAAUUUUUCUGAAGAGGCCCAGGAGGACUUCGGUUGGAAGCUGGUUCAUGGGGAUGUAUUCAGACCUCCAAGGAAUAGAAUGCUGCUCUCAGCUUUCCUGGGUCAAGGAACACAAGUUUUGAUUAUGACGUUUAUUACCUUAUUUCUGGCUUGCUUUGGUUUUCUUUCCCCCGCCCAUCGAGGGGCCUUGAUGACCUGUGCCGUUGUGUUAUGGGUCCUCCUGGGAACCCCUGCUGGAUAUGUGUCGGCUAGAAUGUAUAAGACAUUUAAAGGUGUUAACUGGAAGACAAAUUUUUUGCUGACAGCACUAUUAUGUCCUGGUGUCGUCUUUGUCGACCUUUUCUUUAUGAACCUGAUUCUUUGGGUGGAAGGGUCAUCGGCUGCAAUCUCCUUUGGUACCCUGAUAGGUAUCCUUGCGAUGUGGUUUGGAAUUUCAGUACCAUUAACAUUUUUGGGUGCAUACUUUGGAAGCAAGAAAAAGCAGUUUAAGCAUCCAGUUCACACAAACCAGAUUCCCCGUCAUAUUCCUCAGCAGAAUUUCUUCACCAGACCACUUUUUGGCAUCAUAAUCGGUGGCAUUUUACCUUUUGGCUGUAUUUUUAUUCAACUGUUUUUCAUUCUGAACAGUAUCUGGUCUCAUCAGAUGUACUUCAUGUUUGGCUUCCUUUUCUUGGUCUUUAUAAUUCUCCUGAUUACCUGUUCAGAAGCUACAGUUUUGCUGUGUUAUUUCCAUUUGUGCGCUGAGGAUUAUCAUUGGUGGUGGAGAGCCUUUUUUACCAGCAGUUUUACAGCUGUUUACCUUUUCAUAUAUGCAGUUCAUUACUUUUUUGCCAAACUUCAAAUCGUGGGCAUUGCAAGCAGCAUUUUGUACUUUGGGUACACAAUGGUCAUGGUCUUGAUUUUCUUCCUUUUCACAGGGACAGUUGGAUUUUUUUCCUGUUUCUGGUUUAUUACUAAAAUCUACAGUGUGGUAAAAGUGGAUUAA